AUGGCCUCGAGCAAUGGCGUCUACAACAAUCCCACGGCCAACUUCAGCCCUCCGCGGCACCGAUCGAAGCCGUCCGUCCUAAAGUUCAUCCACCGCCGAGAGCAGUCCGCAAACGACGCCCUGCAGCUGCCCAAAGCUUCGCCCCUGGAGGCCCAGUUCUCAAACAUCAUGCCCGUCGGCAACUUCGCCAGGCACUCACACAACCCGAGCGCGCUCGGCGAGCUGCAGCAUAACCAGCAGCUGGAGCCGGCCCCUCGACCCUCCCGCAAAUCGCGAGACGAACGCCGACCAGACGUCGAGCCGGCCGGUCGCGACGAAUCGCCCACCAAGAAGAGCCUGUUCCUCAGCAUGACCAAGUCGCGCGACUCGUCUCCGACCAAGAGCCCCAAGAAGACAAAGUCGGGGGAGAAGCUUACCGGUCUUCUCGGCCGACCCAAGACGAUUAAGAGCCUACACAAGCUAGUGACGGACGGCGACGACGGAAUACAGUCGGGAAAGGAUAAGGAAAAUAGAACGCCGGAUGAGCCGCGCAGUGCCACCCUGCCAGUUUACGCCCAGUUCGCCAGCAAUGAGUCCAUGAAUUCUCUCGCGCCCCCCAGCCCAACUAGAAGUUCGAGGAAUUCCUCUGAGAGGCGCUCAAUGGCCAAGGAACGACCGCGUACUUAUAUGCAUCCCACCAGGUCACAGCAGGACAUUAAGAAAUCGUCCAUUAAGUCGGAAUCACCUAGUGGGUCAAAGUCGGCAUCGUCAAAAGGCAAGUCCAUUCGCGAACGAGGCAAGGUCUUUGGCGCCUUUGCCAGCUUCGGUCAUGGCCGGUCCAAGUCAGAGACGUCGACCCCCCGAGGCGGCUCGCCCACGACAGCAGGCCACGUCCUGGACCUCAAGGACAUCAACAAGCAGCUCGAGGCACUCCUAGAUCGUCGAAAUAUCCCAGAGAACCAGCGCUACAAGAUGCGGAACCUGAGCGAUACCAUCAAGAUGGAGUUUAUCAGACAGGACUGGGCCGAGAUUGCUUCUGCUGCCGCCUCAUCCUCUUCCGCUGCCGCCGCCGCCGCCGCGAAAGACUCCGCCGUCGUUUCCGAUGAGGAGGAGGAAAAGCCCAAGCGGAAUCGCGGCAGAAGCUUCACAUUCUCUCGAGCGAAAAAGGAAAAGGAGCAGCAACAAGGCCGCUCAACGUCAAAGGCCCGCUCGUCGUCAAAGGCUCGCUCAUCAAACAAGUCGGCCGACAGCGUGGCCAGCGACCGGCCGAUUUCGAGCGGCAACUCGUCCGCUGGGAGCACGUUGCUGUCCAAGAUCAAAAUGCAGCAGGGUCCGGCCGACUAUGUCGCGUAUCUUAGAAAGGUGCGCCAACCGCAGCAGUUUGAGGUGGGCAAACUUCAUAAACUAAGGCUGCUGCUGCGGAACGAGACCGUUGCCUGGAUUGAAGAGUUUAUCCAAUACGGGGGGAUGAAGGAAAUUGUCGGGUUGCUGAAUCGUAUCAUGGAGGUGGAAUGGAGAGAGGAGCACGAAGAUGCUCUCCUCCACGAGAAUCUCCUCUGUCUCAAGGCCCUGUCCACCACGGCAAAGGCCAUGGAGUAUCUCCACUCGGUCCAGGCGGACCUCUUCCCAAAACUACUACACCUACUCUUCGACCCGGAGAAGAAGGGCCCCAGCGAGUUUACUACGCGCAAUAUUGUCACGUCGGUCCUGUAUACGUACAUCGAGUCCGCCUCGUCCGCCGAGCGCGUCAUCAGAGCUAGGAGCGUCCUGAGACACCUGCGGGACCCCGAGCCGGAGGAGUCAGCUCGACCGCUCCCCUUCGUCUUGGAAAUGAGACAAGACCGGCCUUACCGCGUCUGGUGCAAGGAGGUAGUCAGCGUGACCAAGGAAGUCUUCUGGAUCUUUCUCCAUCACCUCAACGUGGUGGCGCUGACGGGCGACCCGGACAGCUCAGGCGAUGCAGGCAUGGGCCGUCUUACCAACAACGACGACGAGCAGUAUGCAUACAUGCGCCGCCAUUUCCCCCAAGAAAAGGCCCCGGUGGCCGCUGCCCCUUAUGUGGGCGGCGUGGAGUGGGACGCGACCAAUUACCUCGCGUCUCACCUGGACCUGAUGAAUGCCAUCCUGGCCUGCACUCUGACGGCCGACGACAGGAACCGCCUUCGAGCCGACCUUCGAAUUUCGGGCUGGGAGCGCUGCAUGGGCGGCAGCUUGCGCCUGUGCAAGGAGAAGUUUUACGGCAGCGUCCACACCGGCCUGAGGACCUGGGUUGCCGCCGCCGCAGAGGACGGAUGGGACGUCAAGGACGUGCGAUACGGGCCGCCUGCUGAUGCCCGGUCCCCGGUCAAGUCUGGCUCGCCGCGAAAAAAGGUUGAAGAGCCGGCACCAAAGCUCGACAUGCCCAAGCUCAACUUUAGCUCAAAGAAGACACCACAGCCACCUCCACAAGAUGGUUGGUUAUGA